AUGGCGCUGUGGCGCGGCUCCGCGUACGCCGGCUUCCUGGCGCUAGCGGUGGGCUGCGUCUUCCUGCUGGAGCCGCAGCUGCCGGGGUCGGCCCUGCGCUCGCUGUGGAGCUCGUUGCAGUUGGGGCCUGCGCCCGCGCCCCCAGGACCCGGCUCCCCUGAGGGCCGGUUGGCUGCUGCCUGGGACGCGCUCAUCGUGCGGCCGGCCCGGCGUUGGCGCCGCGUGGCCGUGGGAGUCAAUGCAUGUGUGGAUGUAGUGCUGUCAGGGGUGAAGCUCUUGCAGGCACUUGGCCUGAAUCCUGGGAAUGGGAAAGAUCACACUGAGCUGCAUUCGAGGAAUGAUCUAAAAGAAGCCUUCAUUCACUUCAUGGGGAAGGGAGCAGCUGCUGAACGCGUCUUCAGUGAUAAGGAAACUUUCCAUAUCAUCGCCCAGAUUGCAUCAGAGUUCCCAGGAGCCCAGCACUAUGUAGGAGGAAAUGCAGCUUUAAUUGGACAGAAAUUUGCAGCCAACUCAGAUUUAAAGGUUCUUCUUUGUGGUCCGGUUGGUCCAAAGCUGCAUGAACUUCUUGAUGACAAUGUAUUUGUUCCACCAGAGUCACUGCAGGAAGUGGAUGAGUUCCACCUCAUUUUAGAGUAUCAGGCAGGGGAGGAGUGGGGCCAGUUAAAAGCUCCCCAUGCCAACCGAUUCAUCUUCUCCCACGACCUCUCCAACGGGGCCAUGAAUAUGCUGGAGGUGUUUGUGUCUAGCCUGGAGGAGUUUCAGCCAGACCUGGUGGUCCUCUCUGGAUUGCACAUGAUGGAGGGACAAAGCAAGGAGUUCCAGAGGAAGAGACUCUUGGAGGUCAUGACCUCCAUUUCUGACAUCCCCACGGGUAUUCCAGUUCACCUGGAGCUGGCCAGCAUGACCAACAGGGAGCUCAUGAGCAGCAUUGUGCAUCAGGUCUUUUCUGCUGUGACUUCCCUUGGGCUGAAUGAACAGGAGCUGUUAUUUCUCAGCCAGUCGGCAUCUGGACCUCACUCUUCCCUCUCCUCCUGGACCGGUGUUCCUGAUGUGGGCGUGGUCAGCGACAUCCUCUUUUGGAUCUUGAAGGAACAUGGGAAGAGUGAAAGCAGAGCCUCAGACCUCACCAGGAUCCACUUCCACACGCUGGCCUACCACAUCCUGGCAACUGUGGACGGACACUGGGCCAACCAGCUAGCGGCCGUGGCUGCAGGAGCUCGCGUGGCUGGGACACAGGCCUGCGCGACAGAAACCAUAGACACCCGCCGAGUGUCUCUGAAGGCGCCCCGUGAGUUCAUGACCUCCCGUUUGGCGGCUGGCUCCAGGGUCAUGUUAAACCCAAACGAGCCAGUGGUCGAGUGGCACAGGGAGGGAGUGUCCUUCCACUUCACACCAGUGUUGGUGUGUAAAGAUCCUGUUCGAACUGUGGGCCUCGGAGAUGCCAUUUCAGCCGAAGGACUCUUCUAUUCAGAAGUACACCCUCACUAG